AUCAAAGCUUGAGUGUCGAGCCGGCACGCCUGGGCCAGAUGGAGCUCCCCACGCUACGGGGCCGCGGGUGCACUCAACGUGCCUGCAUUCUUCAAUCGGUUUCCUGAAUCUUGCCCGAACUCACAUAUGCAUGCAUCCCAUCUCAGAAGCGUUGCUUGCCGGUUUCAGCACCAGCACCUACGAAUACAUACCGUCAUCGACGUCUUACGAGAGAGAGCCUUGUCAAGUCAUUUUCAUGAGUGCAAUUCUUGGUCAUCACAUAGAUUGAUCUUCGGGCAUUCUCUCCGCUCAUUCUCAUUCUGCAUCUACGUCACCUCACCGACCAAAGGACAUCACAACCAUGUCAAACGGUGACAAGCCCAACAGUGGCGUCUCGGACACCGCCCUCGACUCUCCAGAGGGCAAGAUUCGCGCCUGGCUCAACCUCGACCGUCAUGACGACGGCCGCCUCAAGGCGGGGGACUGGAUGACCGCCCUCGUCCCGUACCUCGACGUCCAGGCUACCUCGGCCGCCCAGCCGCACCCCUCCGUUACCUUCACCUACACCGUCCAGCCCGAUCACUGCAACCGCCUCCAGAGCCUUCACGGCGGCGCCGCCGCCACCCUCUUUGAUUUCUGCACCACCAUGCCCCUCUGCCUCGUCAACCGCCCAGGCUUCUGGCAGUACCUCGGCGUCAGCCGCAGCCUCAACGUCACCUACAUGCGGCCCGCCCGUGCCGGCGACGAGAUCCUCAUCGAGACGCACAUUGUGCAGGUCGGCAAGAAGCUCGCCACGCUGCGCGGCGAGAUGAGGCGCAAAAAGGACGGUCAGCUGCUGAGCAUCUGCGAGCACCUCAAAGUUAACAUCGAUCCCGAUGUCAACUUGUAAGCUGGGCCCCUUUUCAUGAUAAGAAUAUGUGUACAUGCCUUAGAGAGAUGUGGGCGGAGAUAUAGACGUUGGGCUGGCUUGGCUGUCUUUUCGUGCCUAUACACUUAUUACCCAUCACUCGUACAGCAAUAACAAUUAGACGCGACCAGAACCAUGCGAGAUCAAUGGC